GGUAACAAUACACGUGACUGUGUGUUGGUAACAAAGGAAUAUGUGGUACAAUCUGUACAACUACAAUCUCUUAUUACAAUAAGCUGGGGAAAACACUGUACAAGUGUUUGCUGCACAAGGUAGUGAUGGAAGGAAGAAUUGUCUGUCUCCUAUUCAUAGUUCCGUUGGUGGCAUCAAGCGAACAGCUGGCAGAACCAGACACAAACGGCGAAGAAGAGUUCUGCUCCAGAGAAACAUGUGGACCAAUGAAAGUGACAAUGAAUCAAAAUAAUGAUGUCGUCAUCAGUGACGCCUCCUGGUCUGUCCAUAUUGCUACAGCGGAAGUUCUCGGAGAAGCCUUGGACUGCACGAGCGCCGGUGGGUUAGAUGACUUCAGAUUGUGUCGUUACUGGCCGCGGUACGGUCAGGUAGAGGUACAGCACGUGACAGGGCCAGGGGAGCUGGUAUGUCAUCGGGUCACGUGGCUACCAGUCAGUCUGGAUUUUGUCCCAGUUGACUGUAUCGACAUGACAGACGCGCACUGGUACGGAGGGGCAGAGCAUCAUAAUCAAAGAUGGCCGAUCAACAACGUCGAGAUUCCCAUGCAGCCAUUUGUAUCCGAAGAUUUAUAUAUACGCCAUAAAUCAUUCGGAAAUGUCUUAGAACCUUUCUGGUUCAAUUCACAAGGACUUGGAAUUAUGGUGAACGAUGAUUCGCCACUCCAUGUAAGUGUGAAUGAAGGCCAGUCGGGCAAAAUUUGUUUCAAAUCCAAUAUCUCACAAAGUUUCCCUGGCAAGACAAGGAAUCAUCUCGAGUACACGAUUUGUAAAGGAAAAACUAUCUUAGACAUUGUUCAGUCAAUGUCAGAGAUGGCAUUUGAACGUCCUUUAGGUAUACCUGAUAUCAGAAUGAUAACUAGGCCGAUAUGGUCGACGUGGGCUAGGUACAAGACACUCAUUAACCAGUCCAAGGUGCUGGACUACGCCGGAGAGAUAAAAGAAUUCGGAUUUAAAAACAGCCAAUUGGAAAUUGAUGAUAUGUACACAACAUCGUACGGAGAUCUUGACUUCGAUCCGGUAAAGUUUCCGGAUCCCAGUGGAAUGAUCCAUACGCUUAAAGACAUGGGUUACCGCGUCACGUCUUGGGUCCAUCCAUUCGCGAACCUUGAGUCUGACGCGUUUCUGGAAGGUGUCGAGCGUGGAUACUGGUUAUUGGAUAGCAGUGGACAAGUUCCUGCUUUAGUCAAGUGGUGGCAAGGGGUGGCUGCAAUACUUGACACGACAAACCCAGAGGCGGCCGAAUGGUUUGUUCAAAGACUUAAAAUCAUGCAAGAGGAAUAUGGUAUCGAUUCUUUCAAGUUUGACGCCGGCGAAAUGACAUAUCUUCCAUCAUCUUACAAAACAUUUAAAUCACUGAAAAAUCCAGGCUACUAUAUUAAAUCUUUCGUUGAUAUUGUCACUAAAUUUGGGGACAUGAUAGAAGUUCGAUGUGGCUACAAAAGUCAAAACCAUCAGGUAUUUGUUAGAAUGGCCGACAAAGACUCGAAGUGGGGAUACAACAAUGGGCUAAAAGCCCUGAUACCGACGACCCUGACAUUAGGUAUCCUUGGUUACCCCUACAUACUUCCCGACAUGAUCGGAGGCAACGGCUACGGAGAGGUUAUGGGUGUCGAUGCGGUACUUCCGGAGCGUGAACUUUACAUCCGGUGGCUUCAACUCACGGCCUACCUUCCGGCGAUGCAGUUCUCGUUUGUUCCUUGGGAUUACGAUGAUGAAGUGGUAGAGAUAGCGUUACUUUUUACCAAGAUUCAUGAGAAAGUUGUUACGCCGAUCCUAUUGAAAGCUGCAGAGGCCUCCCAAGUAUCUGGUACGCCCCUUAUACGACCUCUAUGGUGGAUCGCCCCUGACGACCAGACCGCCUUUACUAUCGAUUCCGAGUUCCUCGUGGGGGAUUCACUCCUUGUGGCCCCUAUCCUAGAGGACGGACAAAGACAGAGAAAUAUCUACCUUCCAAAAGGAACGUGGAUGGAUGUUCUUGCUGGCAAAAUUGUACAAGGAGGCAAAUGGUUAACCGAUUAUAAAAUUGAUUUGAAAGAGAUCGCUACUUUCGCCAAAAUUGAAUAAAAUAUUUUAACAUGAAUGAAUUAAUAGAUAUAUGUAGGCUUCUCCUUAUAGAAAUAUCAGCUGUUCAGGAUUAUAUAAAACACUUAUUUUUUUGGACACCAAUACGACAGCGUGGACGACAGCUAAAGUGUUACACUGUAAACAUUUGAAUUAAUGUAAUGAAAUAUCACUGGUACUUUAUGCAGUACACGGAGAUCAACCCCUCGGGGAAGAGUUCUGACUGUUGACUGAUAAGGCAUGAAACAACUGUUUUGUUACCUGAAUAAUCCACAAUGUUUCACAUAAAGGAUAUCUUAUUAGGCUAA